AUGUCUGACGACUCCUUCAUCCAUGCUUGCGCCGGCGGUGUUGGCGGUAUGGUCGCCAUGACGGCCACCUACCCGCUCGUGGGUAUCUCGACGCGUGCUGCCGUCGAGUCGUCCAAGAACCCCGAAGAGCCCAUGAUCAAGGCUGCGCUCAAGAUCCUUCAGCAAGAGGGGGUAGCUGGUCUCUAUGCCGGUCUCAGCUCGAGUUUGCUCGGUAUUGGUGUGACCAACUUCGUGUACUACUUCUUCUUUGAAAAGUGCCGAGAGACGAUCCUCAAGUCCAAGGCCAAGGUCGCCGCAGCUGCUGCAGCCAGUGCCACGGCAACCAUUGCUCAAGGCGGAGCGCUCACCACGUUCGAAUCCAUCCUUGCCGGAGUGAUUGCUGGUACUGCAACCACCGUUUCCACCAACCCUAUCUGGAUCGUCAACACGCGCCAGACGGUCCGUGUUGGUGUCACUGAUGCCAAGGCCGACCCCAAAGCCGCCGCUGCCGGUAAGACCACGGCUGUCAAGUUGGGGUUCAUCCAGACUAUGCAGAAGAUCAUCCGCGAUGAAGGCCUGCUGGCACUCUGGAAGGGUCUCGGCCCGGCCCUGGUAUUGGUCAUCAACCCUGUUCUGCAGUACACGGCCUUUGAGCAACUCAAGAACUGGGUCGUCAAGUCGCGCCUUGCGCGCGCCAACGGCGGUAGCGUCUCGCUCUCCGACUGGGAUUUCUUCUGGCUCGGUGCCCUCUCCAAGCUCUUUGCUACCGGUCUCACCUACCCGCAGAUCGUGAUCAAGAGCCGUCAGCACGCAGGAAGCAACAAGGGCGCCAGCUCUAACCUCUGGACCGCCAUGACCGAGAUCGUGCAGAGGGAAGGUAUCGCCGGUCUCUACAGGGGCAUCACGAGCAAAUUGCUGCAGUCGGUCCUGACGGCUGCUAUCUUGUUCGCUAGCAAGGAGAGGGUGUUCAAUAUUACCAAGACUCUCAUCGCGCCUGUUGCUGCUGCGGCUCCCGUUAAAAACUAG